UCCAUCUUGCGCCUGCGCUCCAAAAAGCCGAAGCACCACAUCACAGGUCACACGGAGACGGGGACGCAGGAUCGGCACCCCCCAUCUCCCUCCACACACCUUUCCCUCCACCGAGAGUCCACUCUCUCUACUCGCUGCUAGCAGCUCCGGACGCCUCCUCCGCCGCCGCCGCCGCCAAUAAUGGGCUCAGCUUCGUCAGAUGAUCUCCGGGAGCACCUGCUGGACGUGGACGGCGGCGCGGCGGCGGCGGCGGCGGAGCCCAAGAUACGGGUGCGCGGGCUGCGGCGCCGCGCCGAGUCCGCCGACGCCGCCACCGGCGAGGAGAUCCUCCGGGGCGUCCACCUGGACGUGCCGCGCGGGGUCGUCAUGGGCGUCAUCGGGCCCAGCGGCAGCGGCAAGUCCACGCUGCUCCGCGCGCUCAACCGCCUCUGGGAGCCCGCGCCCGGCGCCGUGCUCCUCGACGGCGCCGACAUCUGCGCCAUCGACGUCCUCACCCUGCGCCGCAAGGUCGGCAUGCUCUUCCAGACCCCCGCCAUGUUCGACGGAACCGUGGCUGACAACGUACGAUAUGGGCCACAGUUGCGCGGCAAGAAGCUCACUGAAGCCGAAGUGAAGAACCUGCUGAGCCUGGCCGAUCUGGACCCUGCUCUGUGCUCCAAGCCGGCGUCCGAGCUGUCGGUCGGACAGGCACAGCGCGUCGCCUUGGCACGGACCCUCGCCAACGACCCCGAGGUGCUCCUGCUGGAUGAGCCGACGAGCGCGCUGGACCCGAUCUCGACACAGAACAUCGAGGAGGCCAUCGUGCGGCUGAAGAAGACGAGGGGGCUCACCACGGUGAUCGUCUCCCACAGCGUGAAGCAGAUCCAGCGGAUCGCCGACCUGGUGUGCCUCGUCGUCGCCGGCGAGAUCGUGGAGGUGCUCGCGCCGUCAGAGCUGUCCGAUGCCAAGCACCCGAUGGCCAGGCGUUUCUUGGAGCUCAGCAGCUAAAGCCUGGUUGCAGCUUCGUUCAGGUUCCAUCACCUCAGAUGCUUUCUAGCUGUUCCGGAUUGGAAAGGAUCGGACGUGGUUAUCUUUCCAAUCUUUUCUGAUGUUCUACUUUGUUUUCCUGUAUACAAUCUGUUAAAGUAGCUUCUGACAGCUAAAAAGUGUAUGCAAGACAAACAUGUUCUUGGCGGAUUUGUUUUGUUUUUUUUUCUUGUCAA